GCUCUCCCACCACACCUGCCCGGGAUGCGGGGAACCGGAGCCGCUGGGGGCCACGGCCAGAGUUCCAGCAGGAUGGGCUCCCUGGGCCGUUCCCAGGUCGUCAUACUCUCCUACGUGCUGGUGGCCCUGGAGCUCACCUGUCUUUUCAUGCGGUUCUCCAUCAUGCCGUACUUGACCCGGCAGCUGGGCCUGGAUUCCGUGGCCUUUGGCUACCUGCAGACGGCCUUUGGCGUGCUUCAGCUUCUGGGGGGGCCCGUGUUUGGCAGGUUCGCCGACCAGCACGGGGCGAGGGCGGCGUUCACGCUCAGCUUCCUGGCGGCCUCUGCCUUCUACCUGCUCCUGGCCGCCGCCUGCAGCCCGGCCCUGCCCGGCGUGGCCUUGCUCUAUGCCUUGCCCUUGCCUGCUGCCCUCAUGCACGGGCUGCCAGCCGCUCAGAUGGUCAUCGCGGACCUGUCUGCACCCGAGGAGCGGUCGGCGGCCCUGGGCCGACUGGGCCUGUGCUUCGGGGUGGGCAUGAUCUCCGGCUCGCUGCUGGGCGGGACCCUGAGCGCCGCGUGCGGGCUUCAAUGUCCGGCCUCCGUGGCUCUCGUGGCCAACCUCGUGGCAGCCGUCCUCAGCUUCACCUGCGUCCCCAUCAGCACUAAAGGGGUUAGCGCCGAUGCUCCGGCGGCCCCGCCAGGCAGACCCGACGCCGGCGUGUUUGACCUGAAGGCCAUCAGCCGCCUGCUGCUGCGGCCCGGUGUCCUGCCCGUGUUCCUCAUCAAGGUGGUGUCCGGCUUCCCCUCCGGUCAUUCAGGGCGUGGUCAUCGGCCGGCUGAGCAGCUACUUCUCCGAGGGGGCCCUGCUCCGGGCCGGCGUGCUAGUCUUCGUGGUCGUGGGGCUGGCUAUGGCCCUGAUGUCCAACGUCUUCCACUUCUGCCUCCUGAUGCCUGGCCUGGUCUUCAGCCUGUGCGCCCUCAACGUGGUCACCGACAGCAUGCUGACCAAGGCUGUCCCAGCGUCAGACACGGGGACCAUGCUGGGCCUCUGCGCCUCCGUGCAGCCCCUGACUCGCACCCUGGGGCCCACCGUGGGCGGCCUCCUUUACCGCAGCUUUGGGGUCCCCAUCUUUGGCCACGUGCAGUUUGCCACCAAUGUCCUUGUCCUCCUGGUGCUCUGGAGACUGCCUCUGCCCCAGAAGACGGACAAAGUCUGGUGACCACAGUCCCCGAGCACAGACUGGCAAUAAAGCCUUCAUCCAGCCUAAUUUCUGCAAAGUCCUGUGGGUUGAACAGGGCAGUUGGGGGUGAGCGCUAGAGGGAUGGAGAGGCUGGAGAGCUUCCUGGAGGAGGGGCUGGCCGCAGAGCCCCAGGGCUCCUGAGAGAGCGGCUGCCCGAGUUGACCUUGUGCGUUGGGCCCUUGUGCGUUGGGCCCUGCCCCCUGGAGGGCAUUGCCGUCUGGUUAGAAGUCUGCCCUCUCCUUCCCCCCUGCCACCCCCACCCGGAGAGCACGGAGCAACUUGGCGCCCGGAGCUUGCAGCCCACCCCCAGUCCUCCGACGCUCGGCCUCAGGGCUAAGCCCGCCGCUGCCCAUUCGCCCUUGUCAGUCACCCCACGUGAACGGAACGAAGAUCAGGAGUUCAAGGCUUGGAAAGAGGUCUAGGGAGACGGCCGCACUCCCUGGUGGGGCGCCUGGUGGGUGGAGCCAGGCAGCAAGUCAUGAGAGCCGGGGAGCCCCUUCACCUCCCACCCCGUCUGGGGAGAGGGCACUAGGCAGGGGAGGCCAGCAUGACCAGUCCAGAGAGAACAAUCCAGUAGUGGGGGCAGGCGACCCUGAAACCAGGAAGGUCACCCCCCCCCCCACCGCCCCGCACACAGGCUGCCUGGAAAACUGGUUGUUACAACUCGGGACCCCCAACCCCCCCAAAUUCCACGGUCCUGACCAGAGGGACCGCAGAGAGCAGAGGUCCGUCAGCUCUCCUGGCCCAAGAGCUCAGACCAGACCAGUUUCUGUGUGAACUGCUCGGGGGA